AUGUCGGAGCUACAUGAAGCACUCGCCUGCCUCCGGCCCAAAGAGUUCAGCGAUGUCCCUACCGACAACCUCCAGGCAUUCUUACCCGACAUACUUGCCAAAGCAGAAAUCAUCGCGAACUCGGUACCUCCACCACCCAAUGGCACACCAUACGAGUCGUCACAACGAACCCGAACCGAGCAACAGCCUGCGACGAGCUCCAAAGACCUCACAAUUUCCCAAGUACGUCGUCCGCCGCUCGUGCCAGAGCAUGAAGAGCUGCAGAAGUCAUGGGGAAAGCCUGUGAAGCUAGGGAACAACGAAGCCGCUACAGGCAUGAGUGUCUUCAAGAUGGCCGGAAAAGAUCGGCACGGAGCCUGGUUCUCGCGAUCGAGCGUGCACGAAGGGCUUGGCUUUGAGAAGUGGAAGCGCGCUAUGAAGAGGGAGUUUCCGGAGAGUUUGGAGGUCCAGGGCGGUCCUGGCGAGGGCAACAUAAGAGGUAUCGGAGGAGACCAAAGGUUGGAGGACAUGACAGUGGACGGCGUAGGACAACUACAAGUAUACCAGCUGUCCGCGCAGUUCCCCGGUCCGACCUCACCGCGAGAAUUCAUUACCCUACUCAUUACCUCAGACACAUGUCUUACCAAUGCCUCCAAAGUCGCCGGCUCGAUACCGCGACAUUUCAUGGUCGUCUCCAUACCCUGCUCACAUCCCGAUGCGCCGCCGCGAAGCAACAUGGUGCGGGGCUUCUACGAGUCGAUUGAGAUGAUCAGAGAAAUACCCAUGGGCGACGGCGACGCUGAGACCAACCCAGUCGAGUGGAUAAUGGUGACGCGCAGUGAUCCUGGAGGCGGCAUACCUCGAUUCAUGGUAGAGAGGAAUGUGCCUAGCAGUAUAGUACAGGACGCGGUCAAGUUUCUCGAUUGGGCAUGCGCAAAGGAAGAUGAAGUUGAAGCCGGGGCAACGGCAGGCAAAGACGACUCCGCCGAGACCUCAAGAGCGCACGACCCCGAACGGACCUUCUCUCCGACCGAGACUAACGGUAUGGGUGCCGGCGUAGGAACCAGCAUAGUAGAUAGGACCGGGGAGGCCGGUAGCCAAUACAGCCUACGACGAACGAGAUCUGAUAGCUCUUCAAGUACUUCGUCCUCCGCAGAAUCAUUCGCAUCCGCCGAGCAGUUCACCACUGCUCGCGACGGGCUUCCCAUUGACAGGGAGAUUCCGACACCAUCGACUUCGUCGCAACAGUCCCUGCCAUUGACGGAGGAUACCCAUCAUCAUAAAGGGCUACAAAAGAUCGAGGAGAAAAAGGACCAGUUGAAGGCGAAACUCGAGGAAGCUCGCGCAAAACAUGAAUCAGGGUUGCAAGCUGAAAGCCAAAAGACGGAUAAGGAGAUGCAAAAGGCAAACGAAAAGCACGAGAGGGAGAAGAAGAAGCAGCAGGAAAAGUACGAGAAGGAGAUGCGCAAGCUCGAAGAGCGCCGCGAGAAGGAGACACGGAAAUUACUCCUCCGCCAACAGAAGGAAGCAGAUAAGAAUCAGCUUGCCAAAGCGCAACGAGAGCGAGACGAGUACAAGCAGCGCAUGGAUAUAUUGGAACAGGAGAACAAGUUGCUUAAGGAGCAAAUUGGAGACCUGCAACAUGAGAAUACAGCGCUUGUCUCUCGUCUAGGCAAGACUGAGGAGGGCGUCAAAAUCUUGAGGGCGAUCAAGGAGGGUGAUAAGGCGCCAUUCCCUUCCCAACCGGGCCCGGGUAUCCUCCCCUUCUUCGAAGGCUGCGGUCCUUUCAAACGCUGGAUGCGAUCCACCGUCACCAUCUCCGACAUGAAAACCGGUAACUCAACAAGCGAUAUGUCCCCCGAAGUCGAAGACCUUGUCCGCACCACUGUGGAGCGUAUCAACUCUACCGGCGGCAAAGUAGUCGGUCUAAUCGGCUUCUCCCAAGGCACCAAAGUCGUCGCCGGCCUUCUUAAAGGCUGUGAAAUGCGGCGCGCUCUCGCAGAGAAAGGAGUCGAUGUAUCAGCGCUCGAGUAUCUGGAUUUCGCUUUCGGACUCAGUGUUUGUGGUGCGUAUCCGCCGCCGCUAAUCCCACCCUCUGUGCCUGCUGCGCUUGAAGCGGCCGGGAUGGGUGAGGAGGAGCGGAAGGAGCUGCUGGCGAAGAAGAUUGGUGUGCCGGCUUUCCAUGUUCAGGGCUUGCAGGAUGAGUGGAAUUGGGCGGGUCAAGCGUUGAUCGAUGGGUGGUAUGAGGUUGGUGAGGGCAAAAGUGUGGUUAGGCAUUGGGAGCAGGGUCAUUUUUAUCCAGUGAAGCCAGAGGAGAGUCAGGAUAUUGGGGAAUGGAUGUUGGGAGUGCUGGGGCGGGGAGAUGGGAGGGUGGGGGUGAGGCGCGGUGAUGAGGGCUUGGAGAUGUGA